UGAGAUGGAACUCCACUGCUGGCCCUGGCCGUUCAAAGAGCAAAUCGUACUGUGGAAGGAAAUGUCAGUAACGUAUCCUACUUUACAGACGACAAGUUGAGGAGUACAAAGAAGGGUGUAACCGGUUCAAUUUUUGAGGAGUACUGCGGCGACGUAUUUGAGCAAGGUAAGCGACGUACCCAUUUUGGCUUAAGUCCUUCGGGGCCUCUGAGCGUUAGGUUAUCUUAGGGCCGGACGGUGUCGGUGCACCCUUCUUCAUGUUUUCCUUAUUUACGAUGGCUUGUGACAACACCACUCCCGGAAUAAGAAAAACGAAUCAGCGGAAAAUAUGGGCCUCGUCAUAGACACAAGACCGACUAACGUCUUGCUGGCAGUCAUGGUCCAACGAACUCCAGACGCGGAGCGGAAGCGGGAGCAACGCUUUUGAUCAGUGUGACUAACUUUUUAAGCGGUCACAAAUUUUAUGCCGCGACUAGCAGUUUCAACCUCAAAUAGCUCCUCCACAAGACGCAACUCAACCUGUACAUCCACUUCAAGCACAGGGCUAAUAAUGAAGCCUUCAUUUGUUAUUAAUUUUAUGCCGCAUCUGUUAAGUUGCUUUUGGUUUUGUGUACUUAGGCUUCCCCGCACCGUUCCGGCCGUUAUUUUGCCCGACCCUAGGCACUCUUCCGAAGCCCGGAAAGAGAUACUUUUUUUACAGUAGUCACUAGUCAAGUAGCCGGCUCUUCUCCGUCAGACCACCGCAAAAAGAGCCUACAAGUGCACCGCGAUUCCUGGGAAAGGCCUUGAGAUGAUCGCCGUCCGCGAUAUCAAGUACGGGGAGCUGCUCCUCGAAGAGAAGCCCUUACUCAUGGUGGAAGAUCACCAACGCGCUGUGUUGGAAUUCGUGCGAGGUAACGCAACAGGUUUCGACAAGUAGUUUGCGAAGCUAUCAGAGACAGACCAAAGAAAAGUCAUGGCGUUACACGACGUAAACAGCGAAAAGAAAUCCGUCAAACUCGGGGGAAUAUUUCGCAACGAUUGUCUUCAGAGGGGCGUGCGCGUGGUUUCUGCAGGCGCUGUUCUCUGUGCGGAGAUCAGCCGGUUUAAUCACAGUUGCACGCAAAAUGUCGCUCAUGCGUGGGAAGACCCCUACGAGCGAGUGUAUGCUGCUCGCGGCAUCAAAGCCAGGGAAGAGCUUUGCGCCGACUGCUGUUGCUGUAUAACCGCGUGGCGCCUGCGCGCGAAUGUCAGAGGGAGUUGAAAUUCGAGUGCGGCUUCGAUUGCAAGUGUGAGACCUGUACGUUGCCCCCGGAGUAGCUCGGAAGAAGCGAUCGUUGCCGCCUAAAAUAUUCGGCUCUGGACGAGAAAAUUCCGGAAGUUGGAGGACGCAACCAGCGAGAGGGCCUUGCUAUGGUGAAAGAAGUGCUGGACGUGUUGGCGGAUGAAAAAUUGCUCUUGCCCGCGUUCGUUUUCCGGCACGCCUCCGAUUGCUUCCGACUAGCGUGUCCCUUGGGGAAUCAGAUCAUCGCCAAACGCUGGAUUCAGCAAGCGUAUGAGGCCUGUGUCAUCGAGAACGGCGUAGAUCAUCCGAGAUCCCUUGAAUAUUUCAACUACCUCUAGAAUCCAAAGUCUCAACAUAGAAAUUGGCGCGGAUGAUUGAAUGCUUUUCGACGUCUGGGAGGGGGCGCGCAUAGAAGAUGAGUUUUUCUUUUUUUGAAUGUGAAACAAAAAGGUAAAAAUGUGUCGAACGCAGAACUACAAGGGCUACAACUACAAAUUAUAACAAGUAGGCUGAAGUCUCUAGCUGCCAGAGUGAACCUUUGGUCUCUGAGUCAUAUGUUGACUCCUCAUUCCUUAUUCAGUCAUAUUUUGACUCCUCAUUCCUCAUUCAGUCAUAUUUUGACUGCUCAUUCCUCGUUCAGUCAUAUGUAUAAUUUUGACUGCUCAACAUUCUCUCGGGGUCGAUCGUUUUGCAAUACAUAAGAUAUAGAAAUCUACAGUGCAGCGAAAUGUGUGAUGGCAUUGUGGUUUUGUGUUCCC